AUGUCAGGUAUCUUGAAAAGCUUUUCGCGCUCAGCGCCCGUUGCGAGUCGCGCCCUUCAACAGCGAGGUCAGGCUUUGCCACCAAUUAUUUCUCGCACAUAUGCUAGCAGCGCCGUACCUGACCAGUCUCACCCAGAGAACAAUCGAGUAGGAGCGUCAGAGGAGAUGACUGAGAGCCAGGACCAUAUGAAGCAUGACCCGAAUGAGUCGGAUGCGAAGAAGAGAGAGAAGACGUUGGAAUAUGGCCAGAACAAGCCUUUAGAUGCAGCUGACAAGUAAGUUAUGACGACAGUCGAUCAACGCAUUGUACUUUAGAAGUUAAAAAACC